AUGAAGAGAGAACCCACUCACCAGAUCCAUUCAGUACCGCCACUCAAGGAACAGGAAGAUACUAUGCCAGCAACAAGCGAUUUCGUUAAAAAGCUUUACAAAAUGUUAGAAGACCACACCUUCUCCCAUGUCGUGUCAUGGGGCCCACAAGGCGAUUGCUUCGUUGUAAAGGACAUGAACGAAUUUACAAAAUCCAUCCUCCCACGCAUGUUCAAGCAUUCAAAUUUUGCUUCCUUCGUAAGACAACUCAACAAAUAUGAUUUUCAUAAAGUUAAAACAUCCGACGACGCCCAAUUUGGUGAACACAGUUGGACAUUUCGACACCCCGAUUUCCAUGCCGACCGACGUGACGCCCUCGAAAACAUAAAGCGCAAAGUUCCCGCAGCGCGUAAAUCCAUCCCUUCCUCCUCUAACGGGGGUCACAACGGCGGCAGAGGAGCAAGCUCCGGCAGCCCCGUCCCAGGCGAAACUAGUACCGCCGAACUAGCGGCUGCUCAGAAUGAUAAUCUAUUCGCUACAAAUGAGACUUUGAGGAAUCAAGUCGUGAGGGCUGAAGAGCGGAUUAGGGUGUUGGAGCGUCAGUACGGGGACGUACUUGUCGAGAUGGUCAAUUUUCAAAAGGGGAUGGCGCAGCAGGAUGGAUUGAUGCAGGGGUUGAUACAGUAUUUUUUAGGGGAGGGAGGUGAGUGUCUUUGA